ACCACAAGGCUCGGAAGUACCAAGGACACGGAUGGCGACUGUGGGGCCGCGAACCGGGCCGAACUCAGGAGCGGAGGCUCUGGCGCUGGCGGCAGAGCUCCAAGGCGAGGCCACCUGCUCCAUCUGCCUAGAGUUUUUCCGGGAACCGGUGUCGGUCGAGUGUGGCCACAGCUUCUGCCGCGCCUGCAUCAUGCGCUGCUGGGAGCGUCCGGGAGCUGGGACCGGCACGGUGACCCGCACGCUGCCCUGUCCACUGCCCUGCCCUCAGUGCCGCGAGCCCGCUCGCCCCAGCCAGCUGCGACCCAAUAGGCAGCUGGCCGCGGUGGCCUCACUCCUCCGGCGCUUCAGCCUACCCCCCACGGUCCCCGGGGAGAGCGGGACCCCAGCGGUGGCUGCCCCGGCGGCGGCUGCGCGUUGUCCGCAGCACGGAGAGCAACUUAAGCUCUACUGCCAAGACGACGGGCGCGCCAUUUGUGUGGUGUGCGACCGCGCCCGCGAGCACCGUUCGCACGCCGUGCUGCCGCUGGAGGAGGCAGUGCAGGAGGCCAAGGAGCUGCUGGAUUCCAGGAUGAAGGCCUUGAAGAAAGUACUGGAAGACUAUGAAGCCUUCAGGUCAACAGAGGAGAGGGAGAGCAAGGAGCUUCUAAAGCAGAUGGCAGCAGAGAAAGAGAAGGUAGGGGCAGAGUUCCAAGCCCUGCGGGCCUUCCUGGUGGAGCAGGAGGGUCGACUUCUAAGUCGACUGGAAGUACUGUCCCGGGAAGUGACACAGAAGCAGAAUGAGAACCUGGCCCAGCUGGAGGGUGACAUCACUCAGCUGUCCAAACUCAGCAGCCAGAUCCAGGAGACAGCUCAGAAGCCGGACAUAGAAUUCCUCCAGGAGUUCAAAAACACAUUAAGCAAGUGCAGCAGUGUGCCCAGCUCCAAGCCAACCACAGUCUCAUCCGAGAUGAAGAAUAAAGUGUGGAAUGUUUCCCUCAAGAGCUUCGUUUUAAAAGGAUUGCUGAAAAAGUUCAAAGAGGAUCUCCAGGGAGAGCUGGAGAAAGAAGAGAAAGUGGAACUCUCUUUGGACCCGGACACGGCCAAUCCCCGCCUCAUCUUGUCCUUGGAUCUAAAGAGCGUACGUCUAGGACAGCGCGCCCAGGACUUGCCUAACCAUCCUCGCCGCUUCGAUACCAACACCCGCGUUUUGGCGUCCUGUGGUUUCUCCUCAGGGCGACAUCACUGGGAGGUGGAAGUGGGCUCCAAGGAUGGCUGGGCUUUCGGUGUGGCCCGCGAGAGCGUGCGUCGCAAGGGUCUCACACCCUUUACCCCCGAGGAGGGCGUCUGGGCUAUGCAACUCAACAAUGGGCAAUACUGGGCGGUGACCAGCCCAGAGAGGACGCAGCUCAACUGUGGGCAGCUGUCGCGGGUGAGGGUGGCUCUGGACCUUGAGGUGGGAGCAGUGUCCUUCUAUGCAGUGGAGGACAUGCGCCACCUUUACACCUUCCGUGUCAACUUCCAGGAGCGAGUGUUCCCCCUUUUCUCUGUUUGUUCUACUGGCACCUACUUGAGAAUCUGGCCUUGAAGCUCUCUGUCGGGCUUCCUAGGAGGGGACAGGAUAGCGGUGAACUCUCCCCCGUGAGUCUGAGGUUCUUUAUCUUGGACCUUCCUUCACACCCCCUACUUCAGCUGCCUAAGAAGGCACAGAGCACAACAUAGGCUCCGAAGGCUGACUAAGCAAAGAGACGCUAUGGGUAACUAAUUGCACAGCGAAGAGAUACCUUGGACCCUUGGCGCCUGCUGGCCCCUUGUAAUGUUCCUGCAAAUUGUGUCUGAACUAUGGAAGAGGGGUCGCUCCCUGGCACAAAAGCCCAGCUUUAAGCAAAGGUGCUUCCUACCACGAGGGCUUACUGCCUUGUUUCAGAAGGGUCCCUGUUUACACAGAACAAUGUCAAAGACUGGUACCCUUGCACAGGGUGUGGUUUGGCCUUGGGCCCAUCGCGUAUUACUUUACAUUUGUGACAACUGCAGGCUCUGCCUGGAGAGGUCCCUGAGUCUCCCGGAUCCAGCUGGCCUGGCUGGGUUGUUUAUUCAGGGAGCAGCAUCGUGAUUCCCCAAUUAGAAGCCAGUCUAGCUGGAUCUGAACGGAGACUCCCGACAAGAGGUCGGAACUACAGUAUACACAUAUGAGCACAUCGCUGUUCCCCGGCACUCUUUGUGUGCAUCCUUUACAACACUGGCUGCCAACGUGCGGUCACAGAUGCCUUAAGCCUCACAUUUUCCUUUGGGUAAGGAGAUCAGAGGUUCUGGAACUGUGAAAUACAAGUUGAUACUUAGGCGUUUACAGGUGCAGCUAGCACCAGGGUGGAGAUGGACGCAGCACAAGGGCAGUCUUGACAAACCCUUUCUGGAACUUUCUAAGUCUACGCAAACACCAGAAUAUCCUGGUGGCAAGGAUUGCUGGGCAUCUGCCCUGGAGGGAGUUGGGCAGGCCAGCCUCUUUAGCGGAUUGACUGGCUACUGUUGCAUAGCGUACACAAAGCUGGGCCAAGAAGGGCGGGAGUGGGCAGUUCCGGGUUCAGUGCUCCACUUGGCAGUGAGAGAAGAGUUGCAGAUAUAGAGUGCGAGCACAUUUCUAGGGAUGUCUGGACUCAUUCUUGACUCUGUGGUUUGAGUGCAGGAGGAUAUGCCUGAGUAUUGGUUUCUGCUAGAAUGAUCCCAAGUGUCCUGUAUUUGAGGUGUGGGAGCCUGUGUGGUUUGGGGGGAAGGUUAUGGAGAGGGCGUUUAUGAGGAGCUGGAUUGGGGUUAACCGAUGGAAACAUCCACACAAAAACAGUUUCCCCCUUCCUCUGAAAUCAUGAGGACCAGAUUUAGGAUUCCAGCACCCAUGUAACAGGCAUCGUGCCUUGCAAAAUACCCAGGUCUCCAGCUUCAAGGGAUAUGACGUCCUCUUUUGGUCGCUGUAUGCACACCUCCGAGCCCGUGUGCAUACAUGUGUGUAUACAUUCACACAGAUCAACGCGUUUGUCUUAGUUAAGGUGUUAUUGCUGUGAACAGACACCGUGACCAAUGCAAGUUUUAUAAACAUUUAAUUGGGGCUGGCUUACAGGUUCAGAGGUUCAGUCCAUUAUCAUCAAGGCAGGAGGAGCAUGGCAGCAUCCAGGAAGGCAUGGUGCAGGAGGAGCUGAGUUCUACAUCUUCACCAGAAGGAAGCUAGGAACAGACUGAGCAUCCUCAGGCAGCUAGGAGAAGGGUCUCCAAGCCCACCCCCACAGUGACAGACUGCCUCCAACAAGGCCACACCUUCUAAUAGUGCCACUCCCUGGGUCAAAAAUGCAAACCAUCACAACAUUUAAUAAAGCAAAACAAAACAAAAAACCAACAACAAACAAACCCACAGCUUUCACUUCAAAGGGACUAAGAGAUAGUUUAUUCUGGUGUGGGGAACGUGACAGCCAGCCUUAACCUGAGGACACUGUUACUGCCUGCUCUGUCCUAGUCAGUUGGUGACACUUCCCCUAGAGUGCUCAGAGCUGUGUAAUAAUUUACAUACAAUUCUCCUCAUAAUAGCUAAAGAAACUUAAUAUGGUACCAGGUAUCUCUUAAGGGCCACUGACCUUUGCCCUGGAAUGCCCUGAGAUCUUAGUGGCCUGCUGGUGAGAUCAGAGAAAGAUAAUGGUGUCCCUGCUCUCUGCUUUUGUAAACUCCAUCAUUGUUAUGUGACUAGAGUAAGUGAUCUUUUCAUUAUUAUACACAGGAAAAAGAAACAACGGGGGUGGGGGGUGGGGUGGGCAAGCUGGAGAGAUGGCUCAGUGGUUAAGAGCACUGACUGCUCUUCCAUAGGUCCUGAGUUCAGUUCUCAGCAACCACAUGGUGGCUCACAACCAUCUGUAAUGAGAUCUAGUGCCCUCUUCUGGUGUGUCUGAAGACAGCUGCAGUGUACUCAUAUACUUUAAAUCAUUAAAUAAAUAAACCUUAAAAAAAAAAAAAGUAAGGGGAGAAAACCAAUUUUCCUGCCCAGCUAUGAAUUCCGUAGAUAAUUUUAAUGGGCACCUUUGGCAUCUACCUUUAUAAACGCUUCUGUUAGCUCCCUCUGGCACAGCACACUGUUUGUCUCUAAAGCUGCCUUUGGCUAUCGGUGAGAAUAAACUCAUUUAAUCUAAA